UACAAUGUUACAAAAACAGAACGGAAUAAAGUUUCUCUCUCAUCUGUUUAAAAACAUUUCAUUUUUAAAACGUGUUGCCGUUCUAGAAUGUUGUAUCUUUACUCAUAAUCAAAGUAUCAACGUUCAGGAGUAGUAUCAACGUUAAGAAGUAAUAGAAAUGGCAGUGUCGGGACGUAAACUGUCAGAUAUCCAGGACUCAGCUUCACUAAGUUCUGCAGAGGACUUUGACAACUGUUUUGAGCCUUGUCUUACCAUCGGUCAGCACGUGGAAGCUCACGGAUUUUGUGUGGAAUGCCAGGAAUAUCUAUGCAGAAAUUGCUUUGAAUGUCACAAGAGGACAAAAGCCUCACGGAAUCACCAACUUCUUGAUAAAGACAACCUUGUUAAACAUGUCGUUACCGGUAAAGAUUCCGAGGAAUGUACUGAAAAAUGUUCUGUGCAUUCAAGGGAAAUAAUUAAAUUUUUCUGUCAAACACAUGAGGCCCUUGGCUGCAAUGACUGCAUCAUCUUGGGUCAUAGGACAUGCAAGGUUGAUUACAUACCCGAUAAAUGUGCAGGAAUAGGGGACAGUGAGAAAUACAGAGAUAUCAUGGGAAAAUUGAACGAGAAAAUGAAAGACGCAGAGGAUAUCAUGAAGAAGGCUAAAGUCAGAGAUAAAGAGAUAGAUAAUUGUCAUGCUGGUAUAAUCAAGGAAAUCCUCAACUUCAGGAAGGAAAUAAAUGAGCGCCUAGAUCAACUGCAGCAAGAUAUUCUGAAAGAUGCAGACAAAAAGAAGUUCAAAGAUAAAAAGGUAAUUGAGAAGGUACUCGAUGAAAUAGCCAGUAUUUCUACUGAAAUCAAGAAACUGCAGUCAAGCCUACAAGCUAGUAAAAAUGCACGACAAGACGGACAACUGUAUAUAUACAUUAAACGAGCUGAAUGUAAACUAAAGUCCGAUGAAGUGAAGACUGCAGAUGAACAUUUAGCAAAGUCGGAUAUGCAGUACUCAUUUGAGAGGAAUACUGAUCUUGAAAACAUUUUGUCUAAAGACGACACAUUUGGAAAGUUAAAUCUCUCUCCUAGUCUGGUUGUUCCAAUGAAGAAGAAAAUAUAUAAAGAAAAAUAUACAUUAACACAUAAAGAAGAUAUAGAUAUAAGCACAAAGUCAGAUAAGUGUCUCUGCGUUAUCAGGGGAUGUGCUGUCUUAUCCUCUAACAAACUGGUAUUAGCUGAUUCCAACAACAAGAAGCUGUUGAUCGUAGACAUAUAUAAUAAGGCUGUCAUAGAAGAGAAAGGACUUGACUCUGAACCAUGGGACAUUACUGCAGUGUCUAGGGAUCAUUUUGUAGUUACAUUGCCUGACGAGAGAGCGGUAUAUUUAAUGUCAACAUCCAGUUAGCUGUCAGUAGUCAAGAAGAUUCCAGUAAAAGGCAAAUGUAUGGCUUUAACUCAUCUUCAAGAUCAUUUCUAUGUUGUUUGCAACAACCCUAAAAGUGUGCUGGUACUGGAUACACAAGGUAAUGUCCAGAAUAUAAUUUCUCUGAAUGAUGACAUAUUCAAUGAACCACGAUAUGUUGCACUUAGUGGGGAUUCCAAGCAUAUCUAUAUCAAUGACUCUGGUAGCCACUGUGUAGUCAGUAUAACAUUACAAGGUGAUGUAUCAGCUGUAUACAAACACGAGAAACUUAGAGGACCACAGGGAAUGGUGAUGUUAAAUGAUGGAUCACUACUGGUGUGCUGCUAUUAUAAUGACACGAUUCAUCAUAUCUCAGUAGACAUGAAGCAUGGUCAGAUAAUGAUAUAUGGUCUACAGCGGCCAUACUCUUUAUGUUACAGUCAUCAUCAUGAUGAAGUCUAUCUUGGCUGCUGGGGUGAUCAGCUGUUGAAAGUGUUUAGUAUAAAAUGAACUACAUACAUUAAAUUCAGUGUUACCUGUGAUCACACUACAAUUUGAUUUAUUAAACAUGUUUGGAGUUAACUUCUAUGAAAAAAAAAAUGCAGUCAAAUUACAAAAUGGCUUUGUAAGAAUGAAACACAUAAAGAACUAAUAGAAAGGGUGAUUUAGUUGUAUAUUAUAUUGUAUAUUGUUAUUA